CAAAUAUUAUUAGCAAAAAACGCCGACAAAAAAAAAAAGCAAAGUCAGUAGUAGUGCAAAAAUGGAGCCGACUUUGGAUCAUUACAAGAUUAGCUGCGAGCUGUUGGGGCACAGCUUGGAUGUGCGCGCCGUUGCUGCCGGUGGCAAUGCAGAAGGCGCUGGCCAAAUUAUCGUGUCCGGCUCGCGGGACAAAAGUACAAAACUCUGGAAGCCGAUCAGCGGCAACGAGUACAUCGAGAGCGUUACCCUGCAGGACCACAAGAACUUCAUAUCCUACAUCUGUUACCUGGAGUCCGAGCAGUGGAUCUGCACGGCCAGCAACGAUGCCACCAUUUGUGUCUAUCAGCAUGAUGCAUUCGUGCCGCUGAUCACCCUGAAGGGCCACGAAUCGACUGUGUGCGCCCUGGCCGGCGGCCUCCAAGCGCGGAGUAUCAUCAGCGGUAGCUGGGAUAAAACGGCGCGCGUCUGGCUCAUCAGCGAAACGGGCGAUGUCACAUUUGUGACGCUCCAGGGCCACGAGGCGGCGGUCUGGGCCGUGGCCACAGAGUCUGCCCAGCAGAAGUAUAUCACCGGUGGCGCCGACAAGUGCAUCUACUACUGGAAUGCCCAAGGUGAGAAGCUGCGACUGCUCAAGGGCCACACGGACUGCGUGCGUGGCCUCAUCCCACUGCCCGCCAAUUCGCUGCUCUCGUGCGGCAACGAUGCCGUGCUCCGUUUCUGGAACGAAGACGGCGAAUGUGUGCGCGAGCUGAACGGCCACACCAACUACAUCUAUGCGAUGGCUCGCAACCAAGCGCUGGGCGAGCACAUUGUCGUCUCCUGCGGCGAGGACAGCACGCUGCGCAUGUGGAAUGUGAUCACCGGCGACCAGCUCGGCGCGCCCAUUCUGCAUCCAGCCAUUUCUGUGUGGUCCGUGGCCUGUCUGCGCAACGGUGACAUUGUGACCGGAUGCAGCGAUGGCGUUGUGCGUGUCUUCAGUCAGGAUCCAGCGCGCCAAGCGACUGAGAGUGUUCGCGCCAGCUUCGAGAUUGCGGUGAGCACGCACAAGGCGCAGCUCAAUGAGGACAUUGGCGGUGUCAAGAAGACGGACCUGCCCGGCCCGGAGGCUUUGCUGUCCAAUGGCACGCGGGAGGGCCAAACGAAAAUGGUGCGUCAUGUGGAUGGCUCCGUCAAGUGCUACUCCUGGGAGCUGGGCAAAUGGACGCUGGUGGGUGAUGUGACCGGCGCCACGGGCGGCACUCAAGAAACCUCCGGCAAGAACCUGCACGAGGGCAAGGAGUACGAUUAUGUGUUCAAUGUGGAUAUCUCCGAUACGGAGCCGCCCAUCAAGUUGCCUUACAAUCGCGGUGAGGAUCCCUGGCAGGCGGCGCAGCAGUUCAUCCAUCGAAAUAAUCUUCCCCAGGCCUAUCUCGAUCAGGUGGCCAAUUUCAUAGUCAAGAAUUCCGAAAGUGCGCCCGUCGUCGCGACCCAAAGCACGGCCGGAUAUCAGGAUCCUUUCACGGGUGGCUCUCGCUAUGUGCCCGGCUCGAGCAGCAGCAAUGUCAGCGGCAGUGGCAAUAUGGAUCCCUUCACCGGCUCUUCCAGCUACUCCACUAGCAGCAGCCAGCGGCCAUCCAACAUCGAUGUCAAUUUCGUGAGCGGCAGCGACAAACACUUCCCCGUGAGCACCUAUCGCACCUUCGACACAUGCGACGCGAACAAGGUGCUGGAGAAGAUGAGAGAGUUCAACAAUAAGCUGACCAAUGGCGAGGGCAAGGUGGGCGAUGAGGUGUUGCUCGCGGUCAUACGACUGACAGAUAAAACCCCCGAGGUGGAUCCGACGGCGCUGGAGGCGCUGCUGCUGCUGCUCAAAUGGCCUCCGGGCAUGCUCUUUCCAGUGCUGGACGUGGUGCGCCUGGCUGUGCGGCACGAAGCGAUUUUCAGUCUGCUCCACAACAGCCACAACUUUUUGAGCAGCGUCAUCCCGCAGCUGAGCGGUGCGGCGGCCAAUCAGCUGAUGGUCUGUCGCUGCCUGGCCAACGCCUUGACCCAUCGCAGUGGCCGGCAGCAGCUGGAGACGCAGCUGCCGCACAUCGUGGAGCUCGUUAGCUGCAUACGCGCGGGCAGCCCCAAUUUACAAAUUGCGAUCGCGACGUUCUACCUGAAUCUGACCAUUUCGCAGACGUUGAGCGUCGCCCAGUCGGAGGUGUGCCAUGUGGCCACCUCGGGCCUGUUGGAGCUGCUCAAGUGGGCCAAGGACCUGGAGGCGUGGUAUCGCGCCAUGCAGGCCAUUGGCAAUCUCACCACAACGCCCUGCAGUCAGGAGGUCAUUGCCCUAGUGGUCUCCGUUGACCAUGUGAUGGACAAGCUGCGCGAGCUAACAAACACACCGCAGGACGAGAACUUCGCCAAGGUCAAUAUGGUUGGACAGGCGCUUCUCGCCGUAUUCUAAGAUCUCUGGAUCCUGGCGUGCAUUUAUUUAAAAAGAUUAUAUAUUCGGGAGUCAAAUUCAAUGAAUACAUUUAUG